AUGACUGGAUUCACAAACGGUAGCAUGAAUGGACAUACUCAAGUCAAUGGACAUACUCGAGUGAAUGGAGCCGGUGGCAAAAACCAUGCCUCGAGCCAGGAUUCUCAUGGAGAGUUGCACAGCAGCAGCACUCCCUACAUCCAAGAGCCCGUGGCCGUGGUAAGCAUGGCCUGCAGACUGCCAGACGCAUGUCAUACCCCGCGAGCCUUCUGGCAAUUCCUCGAGGAGGGGCGAAUUGCAAUCAACACGCCUCCAGGGACUCGGUACUCGCUCAACACCCACUAUGAUGGCUCCCUGAAGCCGCAGACGAUGGCAUCCCCUGGUGGGAUGUUCCUGCAGGAUGUUGACCCGCGGGAUAUCGAUGCCCAAUUCUUUCACCUCUCCGGCAUAGAGGCAACCUCUAUGGACCCGCAGCAACGGCAGCUGCUCGAGGUUGUCUACGAGGGUCUCGAGAACGCGGGCGUCACUCUGGAGCAACUCGACGGGGCGUCUGUAGGCUGCUUCGUCAGCUCGUUCGCCAGUGAUUAUGGCGACAUGCAGGCGCGCGACCCGGAGAAUCGUGCUUCCGCAACAGUAGUUGGGGUUGGUAGAGCCAUGCUCAGCAAUCGCCUCAGUCACUUUCUCAAUAUCAAAGGGCCAAGUAUGACCAUCGACACUGCCUGCUCCGGUUCUCUGAUCGGGAUCGACCUCGCGAUGAGAUAUCUCCAGUCCAAGGAAAUAAACUCGGCAAUAGUGGCUGGUGCCAAUCUGUACUGCAGCCCGGAGCAUGUCAUGGAUCAUUACAUGGGUGCAAACGGUGCCGCGUCGUUAUCCGGGCGGUGCCACACGUUCGACUCCAAAGCAGACGGGUAUAUCAAGGCCGAGGCAGUGAAUAUGGUGUAUCUCAAGCGCCUGAGCGAUGCCAUCAACGACAAAGAUCCGAUCCGGGCCGUCAUUCGUGGAACUGCCACUAACAGCGACGGCUGGACAGCUGGCAUCGCGAGCCCCAACCCCGAAGCACAGUCGGCUGCUAUCCGACAGGCUUAUCAGAACGCUGGCAUAACUGACCUCUCGCUGACGAGCUACGUGGAAUUCCACGGCACCGGGACAAGAGCGGGUGAUUCCCUAGAGGCGAACGGCGUUGCUACCGUCUUCACGCCGUUUCAAUCACCCGACCGGCCCUUGCGAAUCGGCUCGGUGAAAAGCAAUAUUGGUCACUCGGAGCCAGCGGCCGGUCUAUCCGGACUGCUAAAGACAGUCCUCAGCUUGGAGCACGGCGUCAUCCCUGGGAAUCCGACCUUUAUUGAUCCUAGCCCAAAGAUUGAUUUCGCCGCAUUGCGUUUAUAUACCUCGCGGACAGCCACUACCUGGCCAAAGGUCCCCUUUCGGAGAGCCAGCAUUAACUCGUUCGGAUAUGGGGGCUCGAAUGCUCAUGUCAUCGUUGACGAGGCUAAGGGCCUCGGCCACCAUCACGUCUCUUCUUAUGUAAACGAAGAGACGGAUGAUCUAUUCGCAGAAGAAACCGCGACGCGCCCCUAUCUCCUAGUCUUUUCGGCAAACGAUGAAAAGGCGCUGGACGCCCAAGCCGCUGCAUUAGAUCGUCACCUAUCCGAUCCGGCUGUCAAGGUCGCUCUUCGCGAUCUUGCAUAUACUUUGAGCGAACGGAGAUCUCGCCACUAUCACCGCGCCUUUGCGGUCACGAGCAGCACCACCAUCGACCUUCCCACCAUGAAUCGAGGGCAUAUAUCCGGCCAGAAGCCAAGGGUUGGGUUCGUCUUUACAGGGCAAGGCGCCCAAUGGCCUACAAUGGGGAGAGCGCUGGUUGAAACGUUUCCCCUAGCCGAGCGUACUAUCCAGCACUUGGAUAGAGUCCUACAAGGCGCCCAUGAUCCGCCGUCAUGGUCACUCUACAAGGAGUUGACGGCUGAUGGCGCCCAGAUCCAACGUCCGGAACUAUCUCAGCCGCUAGUAACGGCACUUCAGCUGGCACUGCUGGAUGUAAUCCAGGAUUCCGGUGUGGUCCCCAACGCGGUGGUCGGACAUUCGUCUGGAGAGAUUGCGGCUGCUGUCGCUGCAGGCCAGAUCACCCCCGAGCAGGCUAUCCUGAUAGCGUAUUAUCGGGGCAAGGCUACAUCGGAGGCCAUUUACAUGGAGCCUGUCGGAAUGAUGGCUGUCGGUCUUGGACCCGACCAGGUCCUACCGUACUUGGAGGGCACGACUGUUGAGGUUGCCUGCAUUAACAGCCCGCAGAGUGUCACCCUCUCCGGUACAAAGGCAGAACUUGUCCCAAUUGAAGAACGUGUUAAAGGUGACGGACACUUUGCACGACUACUUCGCGUGGAUGCGGCGUAUCAUUCCCGCCAUAUGAAGUCCGUCGCUGGGCGAUAUGAGGAUCUGUUGAGGCAUCAUGUCGAGUGGCCAGAGGACGAUAAUAAAGAGAAGCACUCACUCAUGGUGUCGUCAACCAUGGGCACAGCCCUUACAAGCCCACCAGGGCCUGCCUACUGGGUCGCCAACAUGGUUUCGCCUGUGCUCUUCGGUCAGGCCGCACAUGAGCUGGUAACGGGACCAGAGGCUGUGGAUUGCCUCAUUGAGAUUGGGCCAAGUGACGCACUAUCUGGACCGAUAAACCAGAUCAAAAAGGCCGCCUCGUCCUCCGCGGUGUAUGGCUCGGCCUGGAAGCGCGGGCCUGAUGCUGUCGCGACCUUGCUACAUGCAGCCGGGACCUUGUUCACCAUAGGCUACCCCAUCUCCCUACCAGCAUUCAACAACGAUGUAGGCGACGCUCCCCCGGUGUUUGUGUCGGAUCUGCCCAACUACCAGUGGAAUCACUCUGUCAAGUAUUGGCACGAAAGUGAAUCGAGUCACGACUGGCGCUUCCGCAAAUUCCCCUAUCAUGACCUCCUUGGCAGCAAGAUCCUCGGCAGCCCAUGGACAAAUCCGACAUGGAAGAACGUGCUGCGGCUCAGCGAUACGACUUGGCUACGUGACCAUCUCCUCGGAGACAGUGUCAUCUUCCCUGCGGCGGGCUACAUCGCCAUGGCCAUCGAAGCCAUCUACCAGAAGACGUAUGCAACGGGGCAGAUUCCGGAGGGGACGGCCAUCUCCGAACUCCCUUUCAAACUGCGCAAUGUGACAUUCCCCCGGAUGCUCACCCUGGACGCAAAUGGCGGUACCAAGAUCCUGUUGUCUUUACAGCCGUGCUCCAGCACCAAGGAGUCAUGGCACGAGUUCACGGUCAGCACGAUCACCAAGGAUGGCUCCAUUGAAGAACACUGCCGGGGACUUGUGAGCGUUGCUAAGCAGAGCCUUCCCCGGCCACCGGUCAAUGCGUCCGACAUUGCACCUCUGCAACAUCCGGUCCCAGGCGCGGUAUGGUACAAGGCCAUGCGCCGGGUUGGAUACCACUUCGGCCCUGCCUUCCAGCCCUGUCAGCAGGUCGAGGCCAAGGCAGACUCGCGUCAGUGCCGGGCGUUGGUGCGACUGCAGGCCCCCGAGUCUCGCUAUCCGCAGAGCCAAUAUGCAAUGCACCCCGCCGCCAUCGAUGGCUGCUUACAGAUUGCCACUGUCGCCCUCAACCGGGGUCAUCAUUCCGCCAUCAACACCCUUAUGCCCCCUGCCCUCAUUGAUGACUUGGUCAUAUUUCCGCACAAGGUCGCAUCUAGCGAUGACAGCGCGGUUGUAGCCUCCGAGGCUGUAUGGAGCGGUGUUGGCCGCCCAGAUGACAAUAAACGCUAUGUUAGUGACAUCAGGACGAUUGCGCAGGGAAGCAAUGAGCUCGUGUUUCAUCUCGAAGGUUUGCGCUACCACGCUAUAAAUGCGAGCGUCGACCGGCCGCAUGCAUUCACGGAGAUUGUUUGGAACCCAGACAUUGACUUCCUCACCUCCGCCCAGACGGCGCAUAUUUUGCAGACGACGGUGCCCCCAGGUAACGGCGAUGGUGAGGGCGAUGGAGAUGCCGCUGCAGCCGUGACACAGAUGGCCAAGCUGCUGUCACUGAUAGCCCACAAAAGGCCGUCGGCAAAAGUGCUGGAGGUGGCGGCCCGCGACGGCCCCGCAGCUGGCGAGUCCCUGUACCUUGACCAUAUCCGCGCUGGGGCGGGUCCUAUUGCCCAGGGGUGUAGCUACCGCUUCCUGGCUCCAUCGCAACAAGCCGGACUGGUGGCCCAUGAGAAAUAUGCGGCUGAACCAGGUGUUGCUGUGCAGGUAGUGGAUGCAGAGCACGGGCCUUUUGAUGAUCUCGAUGAGAAGUAUGACUUAAUUAUCCUGAAGGUUGACGAAGGGGAGCGAGAACUUGACCAAACCAUCCAGCGGGCACAAGAUGGCCUGACAGUGAAUGGAUAUUUGGUUGCGGUGAGGGUAGUACUCCCGUUCCUGAAUGGUGACGCUUCCAGCUCGACCGGGCUCGAUACUGUUCAUGAUAUCCACACCUCAGGAGGUGGCAUCCUCAGUCUGCUUCACGUUGGAAACCCGAAGGAGAAAAGCACAGAGACGGACUUGCACCACAGUGAGAGAGAAAACGUGCACUUGCUCCAUUUUGGCACUCCAAUUCCCUCCACAGAUGCAGUUCAGAAUGCGCUCCACAAGAAGGGAUGGGCUCUAUCGGAGCACAGUCUACCAUUCGACGAGGUUCCAUCUGCGAGCACAGUCCUGAUAAUAGAUGAGAUGGAUCGCCCGAUUCUUUCCGCUUUAGCAGAUGAACAGUUUACUGCGCUGCGAGGGCUGCUGGAGAAGCAAUGCCGAGUGGUGUGGGUGACUAGGGGGUCUCAGAUGCAGGUUACCCAUCCAGAGCAAGGCCUCAUGUUUGGCGUUGCACGCUCUCUUCGGGCGGAAUACCCAUCCAACCUGCUCUUGUGCCUGGAUAUCGAGUCUACGACCAGUACCGGCAGCCUUGAGGCGAUUGAUACGGCUCUUCGCCAUAUCAUAUCUGUCGCGAGCCUCGAGAAGACUGACAGCGAGUUCGUAGAGCGCGAUGGGAUGUACCAUGUCAGUAGGGUGGUUGCGGAUGCCGUGCUCAAUCAGGCCCAGAAAGAGAGUGAGGAAGCAGAGGCAGGAGGAGGACCACCUGUUCGUGAGGACAUCAUCCACAACCACAAGUCCAUCAUUCGGUUGGUCAGCGAAAGGCCUGGGACAUUGGAUACUCUGGUAUACAGGGAACUCCCUGAUCUGCCAAAGCUCGCAGAGGACGAAGUCGAGGUCGAAGUCCACGCUGCAGGGAUGAACUUCAAGGACCUGGCCAACGCGAUGGGAUUCGUUCCGGCCAACGAGCACUUGUUCGGCUUAGAGUGUACAGGAAUAGUCACCGCCAUUGGGGACGCUGUGCCCACUGUUAAACCCGGGGAUCGAGUGCUCAUGGUCCGACGAGAUGGAGGCUGUUUCGCCAACAGGGUGAGAAACCGCUGGCAUGCGGUUCAUCCUUUGCCCGACUGGCUCUCGUUGGAAGCCGGCACGACCCUCGGAAUUGCCGUGCACACAGCCGUCUACGGCCUGGUCACGUUGGCCAACCUUCAAAAAGGACAGUCUGUCUUGAUCCAUUCCGCUUCGGGGGGAGUCGGCCUGGCUGCCAUCGAGCUGUGCCACUAUCUCGGGGCAGAAAUCUUUGUGACGGUGGGCACGGAUGCGAAACGGGACUUCCUGGCGGAGCAGUACGGGGUGCGGCGAGACCGCAUGUUCUCUUCACGCAGCACGGCCUUUGCUAAAGAACUGAUGCGGGCGACCAACGGCCGCGGGGUCGAUGUCUGUCUCAACUCGCUGACCGGCGACAUGCUGCACGAGAGCUGGAGAUGUAUCGCCGAGAACGGCACUCUCGUCGAGAUCGGAAAGAAGGACAUGCUCGACCGAAACAGCCUCUCCAUGGAGCCGUUCGACCGCAACUGCUCCUACCGUGCCCUGGAUCUCUCGCGAAAGAGCAUCAGCGAUGAGACCACCUACCAGACGGGAGUCUACAUCAUGGACCUGGUGAGGCAACGCCAUAUUAAACCGCUGCACAUCGGCGCCACUUUCCCCUUUACCGAGACUGUGGACGCGUUCAGGUACAUGCAGCGAGGGAAGCACAUUGGCAAGGUAGUCCUCUCCUUUGAGCAGAGCAAGACCGUACCCCUACCCUUCCGGCCCGCAGGACCUGCCUUCCACCUGCGCUCAGACGGCUCAUACCUCAUAGCCGGUGGACUCAAGGGUCUCUGCGGAAGCAUCGCAGUCUACCUGGCGCGGCAUGGAGCCAAAAACCUGGUUGUCAUCUGUCGCAGUGGGUACGAGGACGCGCGGUCGCAGAAGAUCAUCUACGACUGCCAAUGCCUGGGAUGCCAUGUCGAUCAGGUAACGGGGGAUAUCACGUCCCUGGACGACGUCCGUCGUGCCUUUGCCGCCGCCUCGUUGCCCAUCAUCGGGGUGAUUCAAGGUGCAAUGGUCCUGCGUGACCGCAUGUUCUCGACCAUGACGCCUGACGAGUUCCGACAGCCCAUCGCAGUCAAAGUUGCUGGGACUUGGAACCUGCAUCAGGCGUCGCUCGAGCAAUCGACCCCCCUGGAUUUCUUCACCCUCCUCUCCAGCGUGAGCGGUUUGGUAGGGCAGCUCGGCCAGGCCAACUAUGCCGCAGGCAACACCUUCCUCGACUCCUUCGCCGCGUACCGGCUGCAGCAGGGGCUGCCUGCCUGCUCGAUCAAUCUCGGUCCCAUCGACGAUGUCGGCUACCUCGCCCACGACGACCAAGGUGCGAUGCUCAAUCGCGUCUUCGAAACUCGCGGCUGGACACCCAUCCACGAGGCGCUGCUGCACCAAAUCCUACGCAUCAGUAUCCUCCAGCAGACGCACCGUCUCAACCCAUCCCACACCGGACAACUCGUCACCGCGAUCGUGCCCGGCGAGACUCCCUUCGAGCCUGUUCACCGCUUCAGCGCCCUAGCCGGUCGUGACGCAGCCAAGGCCAGCGGGGGCGUCGACGCCGAAGCGAAAUCCAAGCUGACGCUCCUGAAGAAGGGCUCAUCGGGAGACACAGACCAUGCGAUUCUCCUCGCUGCCGCCGUGGAGCUCGUGAACCCAGUCUUGAUGCGCAGCUUGGGUGUUGGGGAGCCGUUGGACCCUACGCGCCCGCUGAGCAAUUAUGGAGUUGACUCGCUGGUGGCGGUGGAGUUGAGGAAUUGGGUCCGCCAGCAGUUGGAGAUUGAGGUUAGUGCGUUGGACAUUGUGGGAGCUAGGACUCUGACGGCAUUGUGCGAGACGCUUCUGAGCAAGUUGGCGCGGUAG